CCCUAAAAAAAAAAAAAAAAUCUAUUCCUGUUUGGGUUUAAAAGACGUUUCCAGCUUUCUGGUUAGCAAUCUGGUGGGAGAGGUUAUCAUGGAGAACGCUGUGUUUAAAGUCUCCUCUGUGCUGCUGCUGCUGGCUUUGGUUACCACUCUGCCAACCAAGGAGGACUGGGACAUCUACAGCUUUCACAUCAACUCCACAGUGACCAGUCGUUAUGCCACCACUGUCAUUACAAGCCGUGUGGCCAAUCGCAUGGACGAGUCCAAGGAAAUAGAGUUCCACGUCCGGAUUCCCAAGAAUGCCUUCAUCAGUAAAUUCAGAAUGUUUAUUGAUGGGCAGCUGUACGAUGGUGCUGUGAAAGCAAAGGAGCAAGCUCAGCAAGAGUACACUCAGGCUGUGUCCAGUGGCCAGAGCGCUGGGAUGGUCAGUUCUGUUGGGAGGACCCUAGAGGAAUUUAAGACUUCUGUGAAUGUGGCUCCUCACAAAAAGGUGACCUUUGAACUCACAUACGAGGAGCUGCUGAAACGCCGGAUCGGCAAGUACGAGCUGCAAAUCCACGCUCGCCCCAUGCAGCCUGUCAAAGACUUCAAGGUGGAUGUGUAUAUUCACGAGAAAGCCGGCAUCAGUUUCAUUAAAGUUCAAGGAGGACUGAGCACCAAGGACCUGGCUAAUGCCAUCACCAAAACACAUGCAGAUAAAGAGGCGUGGGUGCAUUUCUACCCCACCGAGGACCAACAGAAAACAUGUGACAGCUGUGGAGAGCAGGGUAUGAAUGGAGAUCUGGUUGUUGUGUAUGAUGUGAACAGAAACGCCUCGUUUGGAGACAUUAAGCAAAGUUCGGAUGGGUACUUUGUUCAUCACUUCGCUCCAUCUAAUCUUGCCCGAAUAUCCAAGAACGUCGUUUUCAUCAUUGAUCAAAGUGGUUCCAUGCAUGGCAGAAAAAUUCAACAGACGAGAACAGCAUUACUCCAAAUCUUGAGUGAACUGGCAGAAGACGACUACUUUGGUCUCAUCACCUUUGACAGCGAAAUCUUUCACUGGAAACGAGAACUUGUUCAGGCCAGCCAGGAAAACCUGGGUAGUGCCAAGGAAUUUGUAAAGAGUAUAAACGAUAGAGGAGCCACGGACAUUAACCUGGCAGUGUUGGAAGGAUCCCGUAUGCUGAAUGCACAUCCCAGAGAAGGUUCCGCAUCGAUUCUGAUACUUCUCACUGACGGAGACCCAACUUCAGGUGUGACAAAUCUGGGAAGAAUAAAGUCAAAUGUAAAGGAGGCCAUUGCAGGCAAAUUCCCACUCUACUGUCUUGGUUUUGGUUAUGAUGUCGACUUUGAGUUCCUGAAGACGAUGUCGCUGCAGAACGAUGGAGUGGCGCGGCGUAUCUAUGACGACUCUGAUGCUGAUAUACAGCUGAGGGGUUUCUAUGUAGAGGUGGCCACUCCUCUGCUGACAGAUGUGACAAUGAUAUAUUUGGGUGGAACCAAUUUGACCCAGACAAACUUCAGCCAGUAUUAUGAUGGCUCUGAGAUCGUGGUGGCCGGUCAGAUCACUGACAACAACGUUGAAACCUUUAUUCCACAAGUUGUGGCCAUCUCUCGGAAUAGCAAGGUGACAUUUUCGGAAACAAACAGGACUGAAAUAGUGCCUGACGACCACAUCCAGAGGGUUUGGGCCUACCUCACAGUCAAACAGCUUCUGGAGAAAGAGCUGCAGUUGUCUGGACCGGAGAAGGACAAGGUGAAGGAGGAGGCCUUGGAGCUGUCGCUGAAGUACAGCUUUGUGACCCCACUUACAUCCAUGGUGGUGACCAAGCCUCAAGGAGAGAGCACAGAUGUGCUCCAUAAACCAAAGGAAGGAGGUACAGACAGAGUUGAGCAGAGUUCUGGAAGAGUUUCUGCAGGAAGUUUUGGAGGAGGAGGUUAUGGAAGAGGUGGUUCUCAUAGCUUCAGGAAGACGAGUAGUAUCACAAGGGGUCAACGUCCAAUGCUCCAUCUUCCUAUGCGCCCUGGAGCAGCUGGUCAUAUCAACCAACAUGGUCAGCGAAGGCUUUACGAUGCUUUGGUGGUGAUGCAAUCAGUUCCUGCCGCAGCACACCCUCCUACUGCUUUGCACCCUGGAGCAGAUAUCGAUUACGAUAUGGUAGAGUACUCGUCUCCAGACCUAAUUCUUCCCUCAUUUGUGCCAUCUACUGCUACUCCUACUACUACUGCUACUGCUCCUCCUUCUCACAGGUUUUUGAUGAAAGCUGAAAAUCAGUCUAUUCCACUGUGCUUUGACGUCACUGGAAAUGUACGGCUUAAACUACUUCACAGUCCCAGCAGGGAGCUGUUUGUGAACGGUGAGCUGGACUCAGUUGCAGAUGGGGGCUUCACAAAGAUCGUCAUCCACGUCAAACCUGACCUGUACAUUGACAUUGACGUCAAUGAAAUCAUUGUACGAGAUGGACAGACACUGACACACCACACUGGAGAGGAGCAAAUCACAGCUGGAAGUGUGACGGUGAUUAAACGGAACAAGGAAGUCGAUGUCGCUACUGGGGACAUACGAAUUGUCAUCUUACUUCAUGAGAGGCAUGGUGAAAAAUUCCUCUGGCCGGUUCUAAGGCGGCAUCCAUCUGACAACAAGGCUGAAGGAAUUUUAGCUCUAAAACCUGCAGUUUAUGAGGAGGUGCAAACUCCCCCUUUCAGGCUUCAGAUCAAUGGGCAGGAGGUGGAUGUGGGCAGAUCCGAUGCUGUUGACUACAGUAUUGCCCGUGCCCCUAAACGGGGUUGCUGGCUUGUCUCUGCCGAUGCUGCCCUCCAGAGACCCCUGCAUGACUUCAUUGUCUAACAGCUUUAAGUGAAAGCGACGCUGUAUCUCUUGAGAAGAUCAUCCACCUGUGAUUAUCAACAUAAAUGAAUAAAUAGUGUCCCAGA